AAUGAUUACAUGGGUGUGUUGCCCAGAUAUUUCCAAAUGCAGAGAGACCACUGCAGCCAUGACCGGAGCCCUAGCCCGGUCACCGGGGGGCAGGAGGUGGAGCUUCCAGUCGGGGUGGUCCAACAUCCACUAGUAGCUUGAAUGUUCAAACGCCGAAGAGGCUGCAGGUCGUUACUCUAGUAGGCCAUUCAGCCGUCCACAGAGCCGAGAGUGUGUGUUUGAUCCAUCCCAUGGAUUUAGGAGUUAGAAGAAGGCAACCAAUCAAGAGGGGGGUUGGCCAUCCAUGUCAAGCCACAGUUGAGGUCAUGAGGGCUGGGGAGGAGAGAGCCACAGGCAUCACCAAGAGCCAACCGGAGAAAAGAGUCCAGCCAAGGGACCAAUCGGAAAAGAAAACUCUGAGCAUUGACAACCAACCACAGAGCAUCAAGAACACCAAGUCGGCCAUCAAUGACCUCUUUAAGGAAAUGCAGGACCGUGUGUCCCAGGGGAAGGGGAACACGGGCAGGGUCAUAGACUUCAGGAAGUUCCUGAAACGGCCCGACAGACCUCCUCCCCCCCCCCCUGCUGCGCCUCGUCGCAAGGCGUCCCCGCCCCCGCCCCGGCUGGUGAAGAGGAAGGUGGAGGUGGACCUGCUGAAGCUCUGCUGGGGGGAGUCGUGGAAGACCCUCAAGCCGACCAAGAGGGGGCGCUGUCACCAAACCUCCUCGCUGAGGAGCACCAUCAGCCCGGGCAGGAGGUCCCGGGCAGGAGCCGCCAGGGGCGGGGAGGAGGAGGCCAGCCCGGGAUGGACAGACUCCUGGAAACUGGUGAAGCCCAGCCCAGCGCCUCCCGGCCCCACCGGCGUGGGGGAGGGCCAGGCGUGGGAGGUGGUGACGGAGAGCCGGUCCCUGGGCAGGUAUCAGCCGCGGGUGGGGGGCUACUGCCUCCCCGUGUGGGCCACGACCUGGAAGACCAUGAUCUUUGUGUUCAGGCAGCAGAAGCCAUGGUGGGACAGGGAGUGGCCCAGCCGGCCCCCCCCUGAACCACAGGACAAGACCCCCCAGCUGCUGGCCUUGGAGACACAGUGUGAGCGUCCCGACUGGCAGCAGGCCUGGAGAAUGUCUGUAACUGCUCCGCCGGCCGACACAGAACCCCCCGCUGGGACAACCAAGAUGGCCGACGUCUUUCUCCCAGGUUGGAACUCUGCCUGGCGACUGGCAGGAGCUCACCCUACUUCAGACGAGGGUGCAGAGCCAAGGAACUGGAACGACCUGUCCUGGAAGCUCCGCCCACAGAGCAGAUGGUGUAUGCCAUCACUAACUUCCCAGCAUCACCAUGCCAGCGCUUUAGAGAAGAGCGAUUGGCUGCCAGCUUCCUUCUGA